GGACUAUUCCACGUUAAUGAAACCCCAUCAAAACGGGUCCUUCAUUAUUCAACUUGUGCAUAAAGAAACUGGACCGACCCAUUUGAACCCGUACCCGUUACCCAGCUUAACCCAUCAGAAAACUGAGAGAGUGAGAUAUCGGGGGCGAGGUGUCGAUUGUGCUUUCUUGUGGUUAUGCCGAUGUGACAGUGAUAAUUAAGAAGCGUCGCAUUACCAAUGAUCGAGUAGUAAAGUGUUUGAUGAGGGAUUCUCUGUUGUAAUACGUUCUAAUAUCACCCCUCGCGCGAUAUGGUUCAAAUAUUGCUAGAUUGGUUACGAUCAAUGAUCAUCAAUGGAGAGAGGACAAGGAACAUAUCACGGUGGAUUAACCUGGUUGGUAAUAGCUUGGAGGAUUAUGCAAUGAGAUCACCUAACCUAGAAACUCCAAGCAAAGACAUAAUCACUCUCUGUGAAUCUUCAGCCAUUGUCUGCGAAUUUUUCGGUUAUGCAGCAAACAGUAUUCUGCACCUUAAUGGUGUUUAUCCUGAAGAAACUUUUGAAAGAGUGAAGAAACAUGAACAUCGAUUGUUCCUUUCUAAGAAUCUGGGUGUUAAGUUAUACUUAUCAGAGUUUAAUGAGAAGAUUUCCGAAUGGCUGGAAUCUGGGAGGUUGCAUAAGAUUGAACUUCUGAUUAUGACUAAGGACACGAAUGAAGUACUUCAGAGUUGGAACUUUAGUAUAGAGACUCAUGGUGAAAUUGCUGAAAACAUUUUAAGGGAGAAGAGUGAUAAAGAAAUCAUGAAUGAGAUUGGAGGUGUUCUGAGACAUAUUUCAGCCACCUUCACAUUCUUGCCUCCCCUUAAUGAACCAUGCAUCUUUCAUGCAGUGGCACAUCUUGAUGAGGGUGUUGCAGUACCAUUCAAAUGGAAAGAGAAUGUUUCUAAAAGCAUUGAAAAUCCUGAUAUGGAGACCUUGCGUGCUUUCAAUACUGAAAUACAUAAAGUUGGCAUUUCGGUUUCUUUCAAGAAGCAAAAAUCGGAUGACCAGAUACAUGAGGCGGGAUCGGGGGUGGUCUUCAAAUUCGGGAGUGAAGAAACGGAGGAAUGCGGGGUCGGAAGAAACAGACGAAUUCAGAGACAGGGGCAGGGCAGUUAUUUCACCCCAUUUACUUAUGUUGACAUCCAACUUGGAGUCACUAAUGAACUGUUUUCUAUGAUUGGAGAGUUGCAUAGAUAUGCAAUUCAUUAUGACAAAAGUGGUCCUCCAAAUGGAACAGAUGAAGUGAUGUUAAGUAAUGCAUUUCAAGCGUUUAAACAUUACAACUAUGUACAAUUAGAUAAGAAACCUAUGAAGAUUGAGAUUGUAGGGUCAAAGUCAAAUAUUCCUCUUUCACCUCGCAUCAAUCUGGUGUUAUCCAAUUUAAGCAAAUCAUGGGAAAUUGAAAGGCAUUUAUCCUUUUGGUGUCCUUAUUCAUCUGUAAAGGCAGCACCUCAUACCUUCACAUCCGGUUCUUCAACAGGAACUGCACAUGUAACAUCUCAAGGUCAUGGUGAGGAAUAUCAGGUACAACUGGCAGUCUGGCAAUGCCCUUAA